AAGUUGGACUUUGCGAUGAGUCCGUGAACGCAACAGCACCCGUCCAACAUGGCGGCGCAGCGCAGGAAUUUAAUGCAGAGCCAUCAGAGUUGGACAGAUGACCUGCCACUGUGCCAGAUGUGUGGGGUUGGCACAGCCCCCAACUGUGUGUACAGCCCUGAUGGUAAAGGAACCCAAGGUCAUCCCAAUGAGGAUGCUCACCUCAGGUUCAGAAGUGAGGACGGCUGUUUCCUGUACGGGGUUUUUAACGGUUACGAUGGCAGCAGAGUGGCCAGCUUUGCCUCCCAGUGUCUGACAGCUGAACUGCUGCUGGGACAGCUGAAAUCCAGUCACACAGACAAUGAUGUCCGAAGGAUCCUCACUCAGGCCUUCGAUGUGGUGGAGAAGAGUUACUUUGAGACGAUAGAUGACGCUCUGGCAGAAAAGGCUCACCUGUCCAACUACGUCCUGCCGCAUAAUGAGGAGCGGCUGAAGGAGCUGGAGCUGGAGGUGUCGGGAGGAGCUACGGCUGCGGUGGCGCUCAUCCUUAACAACAAGCUCUACAUUGCUAAUCUCGGUACCAACAGGGUGCUGCUGUGCAAAUCCAGCAGCGAUGGCCAGAACCAGGUUCUCCAGAUCGGCCGACCGCACAGCACCGACAACGAGGAUGAGCUGCAGAGACUGGCCGCUCUGGGUGUGGAUUCGGCGCGUGUGAGGCAGGCGGGACAGAUUGUGGGAAAGAGUAGCACCAGGAGACUGGGGGACUACCGGGUCAAAUUGAACUACAAUGAAAUCGACCUGCUCAGCGCGGCCAAGACUAAGCCAAUCAUCGCAGAGCCGGAGAUUCAUGGCAGCCAGUCUUUGGACAGCGUGUCGGGCUUUCUGUUGCUCAUGUCAGAAGGUCUCAUCAAUGCCCUGGAGUCCGCCCACGGCCCCGAACAGGCCAAUCAGGAAAUAGUUGCCAUGGUAGCAGCAGAGCUGGCCCAGCAGAACAGCCUGGAGGCAGUGGCUCAGUCGGUGGUGGAGCGCGUCAAGAGGCUGCACCACGACGUCUACGUGUCCGGCCGUCAGAGGGCGACCUACUGUUCCCGGCACGAGGACAUGACUCUGCUCAUCCGCACGCUCAACUACCCGCUGGCUGACGGAGCGCUGACGCCCACACAGGGUGGUCGUAUCUACCCCGUGUCUGUGCCCUACUCCAACAGCCAGAGCACCAGUAAAACCAGUGUCACCCUCUCACUGGUCAUGCCCUCCCAAGGUACGCUCACCAAUGGAACCAACACUGCCUCCACCUUAGAGGAAGGCACUCCCACACCAGGCAGUCAGAGCCCGACAGCAACACUCCAGUCCACCAACACCCAGACGCAGAGCUCCAGCUCCAGCUCGGGAGAUGGAAGCCUGUUCCGCCAGAGAGGCAGUCAGGCAGCUCAGCCCGAUGAGACGGGCAGAGUUCCACCCUAUGUGGACUUCACUCAGUUUUACGAGCUGUGGAGCAAUGACCACUGUGACGGCCAGAGCACCCAGGGAGGACUGGGACCCCAGUGAUGAGGAGGAAGAGGGUGUUCUGGCAGCAAGGAGGCAUGUGGACUGUGAUGGAGCAGAGACUAUAAGAGGUGGUUGGGGGCGUUUUCAUGUAUCAUAACUAGAGCUUAGUGACCCAAAGGACACGUGGAGAGUGGGACAGCACCAUUGUGAAAUCAAACGUUCUUUCUCUCCUAAAAGAGAAAAGGAAAAAUGAUCUUCUGUAAUAAAUGCUGGUGGUUGUGAAUAUAUGUAAUCCUGACUGUAGCUCUUUUUCUGUCCCAUGUAAAAAAAAAAGUAAUUAUAUAUGUAGGAAUUUGUAGAGGUGAGGAAAAUGACAUCCUGUAAGGCCAUGUGAUGGGAGAAAAUAAUGUGUUUGAAAGUAUUUUUUAUAUGUAAUGAAAUAUAUAUCGCUGAAACGA